AACAACACAAAAGCACAGAGCCAAGAUGGCGGUGCAAGAGACUGCAGCUCAACUCUCUAUGGCCCUCAAAGUCCAAGAAUAUCCCACCCUCAAGGUGCCCUAUGAGACUCUAAACAAACGCUUUAGAGCAGCUCAGAAAAACAUAGAUCGAGAGACAAGUCACGUCACAAUGGUGGUUGCAGAGCUUGAAAAGACCCUGAGCAGCUUUCCAGUGGUGGAUUCUGUGGUGUCUCUACUUGAUGGUGUUGUGGAAAAACUUAGUGCUCUCAAGAGAAAGGCUGCGGAGUCCAUUCAGGCAGAAGAUGAGAGUGCUAAACUGUGUAAACGUCGCAUUGAGCAUUUGAAGGAGCACAGUAGUGACCAGCCAGCCUCUGUCAAUCUGUGGAAGAAAAAGCGCAUGGAUCGCAUGAUGGUGGAGCAUCUGCUGCGCUGUGGCUACUACAACACAGCCGUCAAACUGGCUAGGCAGAGUGAUAUAGAGGAUCUAGUGAACAUUGAGAUGUUUCUCACAGCAAAAGAGGUGGAGGAAUCCUUGGAAAGGCAAGAGACAGCUACUUGUCUUGCUUGGUGUCAUGACAAUAAAUCUCGUCUUCGUAAAAUGAAGAGUUGUCUUGAAUUUAGCCUCAGAAUCCAAGAGUUUAUUGAACUCAUCAGGCAAAACAAGCGAAUGGAUGCUGUCAGACAUGCCCGGAAACAUUUCAGCCAAGCAGAAGGAGGGCAGCUAGAUGAGGUUCGGCAGGUGAUGGGUAUGCUUGCAUUCCCAUCAGAUACACAUAUUUCUCCUUAUAAGGAUCUUUUGGAUCCUGCUCGUUGGAAGAUGUUGAUCCAGCAGUUCCGCUAUGACAACUACAGACUUCACCAGUUGGGAAAUAACUCUGUUUUUACCAUCACUCUUCAGGCUGGUCUUUCUGCCAUUAAGACACCACAGUGCUACAAGGAGGAUGGCACCUCAAAGAACCCAGACUGCCCAGUCUGCAGUAAAUCUUUAAACAAGUUGGCCCAGCCUCUUCCUAUGGCUCACUGUGCCAAUUCCAGACUAGUGUGUAAGAUCUCAGGAGAAGUAAUGAAUGAAAACAACCCUCCCAUGAUGCUGCCUAAUGGAUAUGUCUAUGGUUACAAUUCGCUUCUGUCGAUUCGCCAAGAUGACAAAGUGGUGUGCCCCAGAACCAAAGAAGUCUUCAAUUUCUCUCAGGCUGAGAAAGUCUACAUAAUGUGAUCACAUGGAUGACCCUUUGAUCAUAUACAGCCAUUUGCCUUUCACCUGUGACAAGGCCUUCUCAGAAAGCCGCGCAUAGAGCUGUGAUCCAAUGCCCUUCCCCAUUAACAGCCCUCAGCCAUCUCCAGAUUGGCCGUAUUUGAAAUAGAUUUUCCUCCAUGCCAUUUUUCUAUAACAUAAGUUUGAAAGUCUGUCUGCAUACAUGGAUUAUCGGUAUUGUCUGAAAAAUAUAGUAGAAUAAUGGACACUGUGUGGAAAAAAUAAGUGUUCAAUUACACAAUAAUAAAUAAGUUAGAUUUUGCAGAUUUUCUAGAAGUGUUUUAAAGUAAUUAUAAUAACAUGUGAAGACAAUUUGGACAUCUUGACACAAUGUAAGGGGAAUAUAUUUCUUUGCUGCAUGCUAUAUUUUAGUGGAUUCGACUGAUUCCAUUUUUACUUUAUUUUAUGACUGCAACAGUAGCCAUUUUCAGGCUUUUUUGGAUGUAAAUGAUAGAAUAAGGAUAGAUAGUUGCUUGUAAAUUUUGGAUUGUUCAGGGCCACGCAUUUAAACAGACCGAAGUUUGUUUCAAUCUUAAAUCAACAUAGGCUUUGGAAGUCAGUACUUCUUACCCUUGUGUAAAUAAGAACGUAAUCCUUGCAAUACUGAAUAGGGGGAUUUUUGUACUUCAAUGCAUUUUAGUCUUCCUUUUUUUGUUAAAUUUGAUUUCUAAUGUUAAAGAUUGUUGUCUUUUAUUCUAAUAGAUUCUGUAGGCCUAACCUUUCAUAUUUUUUCAUUUAUUUGAACCUACAACUGUAGAAAGAUUUUAGUCAUUUGACCCUCUACAAACUGUCCGUUGUUUGGUCUAAGUCUAACCCCUUUCAAAAAAUACUUUUGUUUUAAGUUGUGCACAAAUGGUAGUUUGACUUGAAAGAUGAUGGAGCAUUCCAAAGCUGCUUCCUUUUUUAUUAACUUGUUAAAUUUGGAUUAUUCUAUAUCGACAAGUUUCUUUAUGUGUGUCUUUGGUGGUUUUGUGCAGAAAAAGACUGUCCUGUGUUUGCUGGUAGACUAGAGCAAUGAAUUGUUUCAUGGGCAGAUGUCUCAUAAAGAUUUAAUUGAAAAGA